UUUGUCUUUUUUUUUCUAUUUUUAUUUUGUUAUGUCUAAUCUAGCCCUCCAUCUUGCUGAUUUUUCUAAUCCGGAAUUUGAUGCCAAGCAAUGGAUCAACACGGUUCUUAAACCAAAGCAUGAUGACAUGCAAUCCAAAGAUGAUGAUGACACAAAAAACACAACAUUGUUAGUAACACGACUUCAAUUAGAAAGUGAAUCCACUUCGCAAGCAUUUGACCAACUCUCUACUCAAGUUAUUAAAUCUAUGCCACGUAUCCUUUAUGAACUCAAGACUAUUUCGGACAAUGCAAAAGCAACACAGAUCCAUAUAGAAAAAGUCAAGAAAGAGUUACAUUUGAUUGAAGGCAAUACAGACAUAGCUUUAGAAAAGUUGCGUCGACCUCAUAUAGCCAAAACACGCAUGGAAGAGUGUCGCUCUAUCUUGUUGGAAAAGUUUAACCAUAUAGAGAAAUUGAGACAAGAACAAGACAGAAUAAAACAACAGGAAGAGGAAAAGAAAGCAGCAGCAGAAGCAGCAGAAGCAGCAGAAGCAAAAGCCCUGGCAGAAAAAGAAAAGAAACGACAACUAGAGGUGGAGGAACAAAGACUUCGAGAACAAGAAGAAGAAGAGGAAAAGAAAAGAAAAGAGGAAGAGGAAGAAAAAAAGAAAAAAGAAGAAGAAAAAGACAUGUUACCAGAAAUGGAUGAGGCAUUAGAAUAUGGUCAUGUACAAUUACCUCCUUUAAGGCAACCUGCAGCUAGGCAGCAAACAUUUCAACAAAUCCAAAAUCAGGUGCCUGAGCAGAAUGAUGGAUAUUUACAACACAUUUCAGGUUCAGUUUCUCCUCAAGUAAGCAAUGUAUUCAAGAGAAUAGGUGUACCUCUUGAUAAAUUCUGGCAAUAAAAUUGCAUUGAUUCAAUAAUAAUAUCGUUUUUACACUUCAAAUUCAGAUGAUGCUAGUUUUUUUCUGGACGAAUCAAAAUUAAUUUCUAGAUGCUCUUCUUACCUAUUUUGAACGAAAUAAAAAUGGAAAUUAGACAGAAAAAGAAUUAGCUUUUUG